AUGUCUCUGAAGCCUAUCGUCCUUUGGAGCCAUGUUGCCGGCCCUAACCCUUGGAAGGUUGUUUCCAUUUUGGAACACCUGGGUAUUCCAUAUGAGCAGAAAUACGUCCCAAUGGACCAGAUGAAGAAGGAGCCAUUCGUGAACAUAAACCCCAAUGGCCGGGUCCCAGCGAUCGAAGACCCCAAUACGGGAAUAUCCUUAUGGGAAUCCGGCGCCAUCCUCGAAUACUUAGUCGAAACGUACGACAAGCAGAACACCAUCAGUUUUCGCGCCGGCACUCCAGAGUACUUCCUUGCUAAGCAGUGGCUCCAUUUCCAAAUGUCCGGCCAGGGGCCAUACUUUGGUCAAGCAGUGUGGUUUACCAUUCACCAUCCGGAAAAGGUGGACAGCGCGAAGGAGCGCUACAACAACGAAAUCCGCCGUGUCUGCGGCGUCCUAAACAAGUACCUUCAAAACCGCGAGUACUUGGUCGGGGAUAAAUUCAGCUAUGUCGAUGCUGCAUUCGUUCCUUGGUCCGGAUUAUUCCAGCAAUCACCGGGGACACAAUCGAUCUUGAGAAGGACUUCCCAAACCUCGACGCGUGGCUGA